AUGAAUUUGAUUCGUAUAAACGUGUAUCUCGAUAAUAAUAGAUGGGCAGACUAUCCAGAUACCAGGCAUGAAACGACAUUGCCUAACCUGAUGGCAAUGAAACGAUACGGUCCUUAUCGUGUCGACAUUGGAGAAGACGUGGAAGAGCAAUUUGGUCGAGGAGGAAUCCAGAUUCUCAUCGAGGAUAAGAUUAAACCCGCUACAACGAUGUACAUUCCGCAUGGAGUAUAUGGAGAAGACGACGGACUUUUACAUAUCCCACAUGCGCUUUCUUCCCUAUAUUCAGGCGUCAUUCUCCUCGCCAACACAGAACAGGACGAUAACCAAAGACCCACUGCUUCAUCUUCAUCAUCUGUCACCUACCGCGAACAUACAAUUCCAAAUCUAAGCUACCCAUCUUAG